AUCUUCCGGGUGUGGGUCCCUUGAAUCUCUCUAUAAAAGCAGAACCCAACAUCUCUGUGGUGCAGACCGAGUGUAACUAAGCUGUCUACAAUGAGCAUCCUUUGGCAUAUCACUUGUCUGUUACUGCUGCAUUCCUGCACCCCAGGUUUCUGCAUGCAUGAUGGCAUCGUUGGCGGUAGGGUCUCUAUUCCCCACAGUCGACCCUACAUGGUCUACAUUCGUGACAAGAAAAUAAAACAAACAUGUGGUGGUUUUUUGGUGAGAGAGGAUUAUGUGAUGACAGCUGCCCACUGUAAACCAAGGUUUAAUCAUCUUGAGGUAUUUGUGGGGGUCCAUGACACCAACUUUUUACCUGACGGUAUAGAGGUAGAUCCCAUUCCACAUCCAAAAUUCAAUAUGAAGAGAACAGAUCAUGACAUCAUGCUUCUAAAGCUCAAAACCCCAGUAUCUUUGAGCAAAUUUGUGAGAACUAUCACUUUUCCAAAUCCUGAGAAUGAAAAAAUCUCAAGUAACUGCCUGGUCAUGGGUUGGGGCUGGAAGAAAUACCAUGAAGAGUCUCCAUCACAUGUGCUCAAAGAAGCAAACGUGACUCUGAUAGACUCUGAAAACUGUGGCACGACUGACACUCUGUGCUCUAAGGGAUCGACUGGACCAGCACUGGGAGACUCUGGGGGUCCACUUGUUUGUGGAGGUGUUGCUCAUGGAAUUGUGUCUUUUUCCAGUGCAGACCUCACAGCCUACACUCAUAUUGCCCACUACCUUUCUUGGAUUCAUGACGAAAUGAAACCACCUACUCAGCAGCAAUCUAAGACAGGGAAGGGCAAGCUGGAUAAACUCAUUUAGUUGUAUGUUUCAGUGCAAAGUUCUGUCAUUUAUAUUUGGUGUCACAUUUUCAGCAAUCAGCAUGUGUGUGACAUUAAAAGUGUGGGUUUAAAAUAAAGGCUCAUGUG